AUGACAUCGCAGAAUCGACAUGCCACAAGAUUAGAAGUCUUAGUCAGCGCCAAACAUGUGACAUCGCCUGAUAUCUUACCAAAUAAACAGGAAAUGAUGCGUCAUUUUGUUGCAUUUGCACUACUGUUAUUCGUUUUGGAAAUCUCAGUCGAGGCGUGCGGCCAGAGUGCGCUGUUCCGACCUUGCGCUUUGAACAAAGAUAAUGGGUGCAGAGCACGUUGCUUGAAACAAUUAAAUUGCCAAAACGCACACUGCGAAAAAGUAAAAGGAAAACUUUUCUCUUGGAGAUGUGUCUGUGGGGACUGUCCCGGAGGUCAACAGAAGAAGGAAAUGCCACCUCUACCGCCGCCCAUUCGCGAAAUACCAGUGAAAGUACUGAAGCAAAGUUAAUGUUUUCAAUACACAGCGAUAUAAAUUCAGUUAUCAGCAAUUUUCACAUUUUAACAAUGUACGAGGGAAUAGCUGGUAUGCUUAUCUUACCAUGCUAACACAAUUCUGUUCUUUGUCCC